AUGGGCGAGUCAAACGGAACUGAGGGACGUGUGAAUUCUUUCCCUCCCGGAACGAUAGCAAAAUUGACUUGCGAUAUUCUGAAUGACACGUUCUAUAACAUCAUCCACGACAUAGUCGCCAAAGUUCAUCGCGAUGAGAAGGUUUCACGCAUGCGCUCGGCCGUCGUUGCAGCCAGACAGAAGGCAGAUGAGGAGGCAAACAGGCGCCGUGAAGAAAGCGGCAAACCGGCGAGCACGUUCAAGCCUGGCGACCUCGAUUUCGAGGAGCUAAAGGACAUCCGCGUGGAAACCGACGGAGCCAUCUUCGAUGAGGGCAAGGUCUACUUAAAAGGAAAUCCUUUGCAGACUACCAAGGAGAUCAUCUGUCCUGACUGUCGACUGCCUCGCCUCUUGUACCCUGUGACAGGCAUCGGAGCUCGUGCCCCUCCCGACCCGUACCGCGAGUACUGCCAGAAGCAACCGACGAUCAGCAAGCCUGGGCACGACGUUCAUGGGAAUCCCUUCGUGACGGAUAAGUUGAAUCCCAAGAAGAAGAAACAGCCCGCCGCGUCGAACACCCCAGCGUCGAGCCCGCCCACGACCCCCGACGGCUCAUUCAAGCAGGCCGCGCCGGAAAAGAUGACAUUCCCGACCGUGAAGUGUCCAAACUGCCCCAGAUACUUCGUCGUGACCCGAGUCGCGCAGCACCUCGACCGCUGCCUGGGUCUGUCCGGCCGGCCGCUGGGUGGCCGCAACAAGACACCCCUGGAAAAUGGCAAUAGCACCCCGAGCUCAGCCCCGCCUAAACGCCCCUUGCUCGACGAAGAUGGCCCUCCCACCAUGAACAAGAAGAAGAAACUGGGUGCCCCCAAGAAGCUGACGGGAAAGAAACCCACCCCUCCCAGCAGCAAGCUGAAAAACGGCCUAACACCCGACAUGGCUGCCGCAGAUGAUGGCUUCGGGGAACCUGAAAUCAAAAGCGAAGCCAACGGCGAUCAUUCAUAA